GCGGAUGCGCAGGCUGGUCUGGAUCCAUGCUGGUCGCAAACCCACUAUGUUGGUUUUGUCGUGACGCGGCUCAUUUAAUCUCACUACAAUUUUCAUAACAGUGUUUAUAUUUUCGCCAUGGAGAUUUAUAUUUCAAACAGAUUAUUCUAUUUAGCUUGGGGACUUGUAACUCUGUUCUUUGUCUACAAGCUUAUUUUAGAAGUAUAUACGUAUAUCCUCAGUAUCUUAAUUGCAUACAUUUUGCUUAAAUUAUAUGCAAAAAAGUUUAAAAAUAAAAUAAAAAUAAAAGGGCAAGCUGUAUUGAUAACCGGAUGUGACACAGGUUUAGGCCAUGAUGCCGCACUGCGUCUUGCAAGCAUUGGGUUCAAUGUAUUCGCUGGUUGUUUGACACCUGACGGUGUAGGAGUAAAUACUCUCCGAGAGAAAGGUGGAGAAACACUUCACGUGGUACCAUUAGAUGUUACUAGUGAUACAAGUGUUAAAGAUGCAUUGGAGGUUGUUAAACGAAAAAGUCCAGACGCAGGACUUUGGGCAGUAAUUAACAAUGCGGGUAUUGCUUUCAAUGGGGAUGUUGAAAUUGCUAGUAUUGAGACGAUGAAGCGAAUUGCAGAGGUCAAUAUUUACGGAAUGAUCCGAGUAACACAAGCUUGCCUGCCUCUGAUCAGGAAAAGUAAAGGUAGGAUUAUAAACGUUACAAGUGUAAAAGGGCGUCUAGCCAUUCCAACUGAUGCACCCUAUACGAUGACAAAAUGGGCAGGCGAAGCAUUAUCGGACAGUCUACGGAGAGAAAUGUACAGAUUUGGUGUCAACGUCAUUAUAAUAGAACCCGGGCAUUUUGGAGGAAUAACUGGAAUGCUUACAAAUGAAAGUGGAAAACUUGCUACAGAAAACUUAGAAGAGGCAUGGCACAAUGCCUCUUCUAAUGUCAAAUCAGUUUAUGGUAGACAGUACAUAGAUGGUCUAAUAAACAACAUCCGACAUGUUGGAGAAGGUGGCGCCACCAACACGGAACCUGUUUCAGACGCCAUGCAGGAUGCAGUAGAAAACGUCAGUCCUAAAUACCGGUACCUUGUACAUGGAACAAACAGCUCUUUUGACAAAUAUUGCGUGCUUGCUGUAUUAAACCAGGUUCUGCCGGAAGUAGUGAUGGAUUGGUUAGUUAGAUACACAUUUCCCUUGCCACGUACGACUGAACAAAAUAAUUGAGGUUCAUGCAGAGAAAUCUACAGACGAAAUAAUAGACUUUCUCUCUUUAUCCAGAUUUCAAUCAUAAUAACUUUUGUUGUUGUUUUUUUUUUAUUUCUACGCUAUAACAAAAGAAAAAUAUUCUUGUACGAAUUCACAAUGGUCUGUCUAAUCAUGAUCUAUGAACUACAGAUAUAGGUAAAGAAGAUGGAACCAGGGAUUUAUGUAUUCUAGUAGUCUGCACAAUUCCUGAAACAAGUUAAUAAACUAUUACAGUUUGA